UGAUUACGGAGGAAAGGACAGAAGAAGUCGACAGUGACGACGGAAAAAGGGGAAGAACAAUGAAAUAUGACGAUGUCGCGGGCAACCGACGAAACCCUUCUGGUGAGAAGAGAAAGAAAAUGAAAAGAAUGAACUGCCACCGGCAGUCCUAGGUACGCCGCCGACGAUGACGACGUGGACAAUGAGAUUUUUUGAAAUGAAGGAAGUCGAGAAGAGUUUUGUUGCC